CUGCAGCUAGAGCCUCAGAAAAUGAUCGAUAACUCGAUCAUAGAUUGCUCUUGUCUGAGUUGUUGGCACUGCUUUAUCCUCCCUUUAGCUGCGGGGGCCGUUUGCGGCGUCACAUUAGGACCAAGGAGAUAACACACCCGCUAAUACGGACAGGUGUAUUUGGUGGAUAUCCGGACUGUACUUGUAUACCAUAGGUUUCCUGUUCUUAGGAGGCAGACCUGGUGCUGUCAUGGGUGCUGUCUCUCCUGGUGCUGUAAUGGGUUCUGGAAAAUCUAAUUACUGUUCUGACCUGCAGAGACAGAAGACCUGCGUUUGGCGGUGCUGCUCACGCCACAUUAUUUAAUCUGAGUCAGGUUAUUGUGCUUUUAAACCAUCUCUCUGGCAAUCAAUUUGCUUUCCAGUGCUAAAUGCAUGCACAUUGUAGGAGGAGCAGCAAAGUGUACAACAUCACUAGAGACAAGAGGAAACACAAGAUCAAUGCAAUGAACGAAAAACAAGCUAAGGAUACAGACAAACAAAGUACCGCUGAGACCAGUUAUCACCGUUAUCCUUCUAUUCCCGGAUCCUUGACAUGGCAAGGUCAUCAAACCGAAAGCAAGAAAUCUUCAAAAUAGACUGGCAUUUACCUGCUAUCUCAUCUUCUGCUUCAGCACAUAACAUUAGCAGAGAUCUCUUUGUUCUUACUUACGGUGCUUUUGUGGCCCAGUUGUGCAAAGAUUAUGACAGUGAUGAAGAAGUUAACAAAUAUUUGGAUACAAUGGGAUAUAACAUUGGAGUUCGACUAGUUGAAGACUUUUUGGCCAACUCUGGCAUAAAGAAAUGCCGCAGCUAUAGUGAAACAGUGGAUAUAAUUGCAAAGGUGGCUUUCAAAAUGUACCUUGGGAUUACCCCGUCAACAAUUGGUGGUAAUAAUAAUGGAAAUGGAUUUUCUCUUAUAUUGGAUAAAAACCCACUGGUUGACUUUGUUGAAGAGCUUCCCACUGGCAGAUCAUCUUUGAGCUUCUGUAACCUUCUUCCUGGAGUCCUAAGAGGAGCACUGGAAAUGAUUCAUUUACCGGCUGAUGUCACUUUUGUUCAAGACAGACUAAAGGGGGAUGAUGUCACUGAAAUAGGAAUAACAUUCCUGAGAAAAACUGAUGAAAGGAAAUCAAAGAAGAAUAAAUGAUCAUACCUUUUUCAGUUGCCAAAAGACCAUUUCCCUUAUCUGUAAAGUACUUACCAAAAACUUUAAAACACAAGAUUCAUUUUUUGUCAUUUUUUUUAUUAUUUGAA